GGGCACCGCUAUCUGUCUCGUGCACGCGCGUCCUGUUUAUCUCCCCCUGGAUGUUUUUCCCGUGAUGCUCCGCGCGGUCGAGCAGCAAGAUGGCGGACGCGCUGGAUGAAUUUGAGAAAGAAGCUGGAUGCGUCCCGAUUCUUCAUCCAGAGGAAAUUAAACCCCAGAGUCACUAUAACCAUGGCUACAGCGAGAGCGUCAGCCGCAAGAGUCAUGUGGACGACUACAGCACUUGGGACAUCGUCAAAGCCACCCAGUAUGGGAUUUUCGAGCGGUGUCGCGAGCUGGUGGAGGCCGGAUAUGACGUGCGUCAACCGGAUAAAGAAAACGUCACGCUUCUGCACUGGGCGGCCAUCAACAACCGCGUAGACCUGGUCAAAUAUUAUAUAUCUAAAGGGGCCAUCGUGGAUCAGCUGGGAGGAGAUCUGAACUCGACACCGCUGCACUGGGCUACGAGACAGGGCCAUCUGUCCAUGGUGGUGCAGUUAAUGAAAUACGGGGCGGAUCCGUCUCUGAUUGACGGGGAGGGCUGUAGCUGUGUGCACCUGGCUGCUCAGUUUGGACACACCUCUAUUGUGGCCUACCUCAUUGCAAAGGGACAGGAUGUGGAUAUGAUGGAUCAGAAUGGAAUGACCCCUCUGAUGUGGGCAGCGUAUCGGACACACAGCGUUGACCCGACGCGGCUGUUGCUGACGUUUAAUGUGUCAGUGAAUCUGGGAGAUAAAUAUCAUAAGAACACAGCUCUGCAUUGGGCCGUACUGGCAGGAAACACCACCGUCAUCAGCCUGCUGCUGGACGCAAAUGCUAAUGUAGAUGCACAAAACAUCAAGGGCGAGACGCCACUGGAUUUGGCCAAACAGAGGAAAAACGUGUGGAUGAUAAAUCACCUACAGGAGGCCAGACAGGCGAAAGGUUAUGACAGCCCGUCGUAUCUGAAACGACUCAAAAUGGACAAGGAGUUCAGACAGAAGGUGAUGUUGGGAACUCCGUUCCUCGUGAUUUGGUUGGUGGGAUUCAUCGCUGAUCUGGACAUUGACUCAUGGCUCAUCAAGGGUGUGAUGUACGUGGCCAUGUGGCUCAUUGUGCAGUUCCUGUCCAAGUCUUUUUUUGAUCACUCCAUGCAUAGUGCUCUUCCUCUGGGCAUCUAUCUGGCCACUAAGUUCUGGAUGUACAUCACCUGGUUUUAUUGGUUUUGGAAUGAUUUGCCAUUCGUCACCAUCCACCUGCCCUUCCUGCUCAACAGUCUGGGUCUCUUCUACAACUUUGGGAAGUCCUGGAAAUCUGACCCUGGCAUCAUCAAAGCCUCCGAGGAGCAGAAGAAGAAGACUAUAGUUGAGUUGGCAGAAACAGGCAGUCUGGAUCUCAGCAUAUUCUGCAGCACCUGUUUGAUACGAAAGCCAAUCAGAUCAAAACACUGCGCUGUGUGCAAUCGAUGCAUCGCAAAGUUUGAUCAUCACUGCCCAUGGGUGGGCAACUGUGUGGGAAGUGGAAACCAUCGUUACUUUAUGGGCUAUCUAUUCUUCCUGUUAUGUAUGAUCUGUUGGAUGAUAUACGGCUGUAUUUCCUAUUGGAGGAUUCAUUGUGCUACGAGUUACGCUAAAGACGGCUUUUGGAUGUACAUCACCCAGAUCGCCACCUGCUCGCCGUGGAUGUUCUGGAUGUUUCUCAACAGUGUGUUUCACUUCAUGUGGGUCGCUGUGCUAAUCAUGUGCCAGCUGUAUCAGAUCGCUGUUCUGGGUAUCACUACAAACGAGAGAAUGAACGCCAGGCGAUACAAGCACUUUAAAGUUACCGCCACGUCCAUCGAGAGCCCAUUCAAUCACGGCUGUAUGAGGAACCUCAUCGAUUUCUUUGAUCUGAGGUGCUGCGGUUUGCUUCGGCCCGUGGCGAUAGACUGGACCUCGCAGUACACAAUAGAGUACGACCAGACGUCCGGAACGGGAUACCAGCUGGUGUAGCGUCAUGAAGGAGAGAGAAAAGGGGAGAGGUUUUCCUAUAGUGCUGCUCCCUUACAGAGAGACUCCAAACCUCAUCCCGUCAGGAUACGCAUGCUGUUAUUGGAUACCACCAUCACCACCUGCCCACCGCGACCCAGCCCCACUCCCCCUGCCGUAGACGGCACUAUGAGACGCAGGGUCGAGAGAAAGAGGAACAGGAAGAGGAGGAGUUCAAUGACAUCAGUACGCAGUACUACUAACUCUCCGUUGGACGAAAGAAACGGUUUUGGUUUUUUGCACAUCGAGUGCUUUUCGAUUAUGUUAUUUUUUACCUUCUUUCUUCCUGUGAAUCUUUUCUGUUACGUUUUAAAGUGAUCAGAUCAUUCAUUUUAAAGUUCUGGUUCAACUUGGACUGUCAUAAGACUGAAAUUUUGCAUAGCGCAUACCGGUGAUGUUAAAGAGAUAGUUCACUUAAAAAUAAAGAUUCUGUCAUUUACAAAAGUGUAAACGUUCAACGUUUCAAACGAUAUAAAUGAAAAGUGACAGAGUUUUUAUUUUUGGAUGACCUUUCUUGAGAGUUCAUCUGAUCAUGAUUCUAUAUGAUGUAUGUUUUUAUCAACGCAGGCAUCAUAUAGACCCGUGUUUACAUGACUAGAGGUGCCCUUUUAAAUAAUGUGACAUAAACAUAUUUAUUUUAACCUAUUUAUAGAGUAUUUUUCGAAGAGUAAUUAUGGUACCAUGUGGUGGUUUUACUUACGUUUCGUUUCAAUUUCCGCAUAUAUAUGUACAUUUGCAGCAUGUUGAAUAGUUUAGGUAGCUAAAUGUCAUGAACAUGUCUCAUAUUUUACCCCAAAAUAAGAGAUGAAACAUUUAUGUAGUCUUUGUGCCUAUUUGGCAUUAAUAUUAUCACAUUGUGUUUCAGCGUUGUGCAUCAUUAUCAUGCCGAUUUAAAUAAUUACUCUAUUACAUUCAUGAGAGUUACAUUUAAGUGUAUUGUAAUGAGGAAGUAAGCAUAAACUCAGUAAGGGCAAUGGGGGGCAUAAUUGUCCCUAUGCACUUUAAUUUCGGGGUAAAAUUUGGCCCACAUCAGAUGAUAUGCGAGAUUCAGAAUUGAAUGGAAAAACACACCCGUAUGUGAAACUCUAUAUUUAUUAUUAUGUAUGUGUAGUUUUAGGAAAUGUCUACAUUUGAAAGCCAUUAGUUCAAUCUGGAUGCAAUUUCUAAAGGUGUUCGGGUUUUGUUGUUUUUUUUGGUUUAGGCAAAGUUGCCAUCAACGCACUGAUUUUUUUCCAUUUUCGAUCAAGAAUUGCGCUCAAUUUCCUACCGACUCCAAGAUUUGAGAGAAGAAGCUCCUCCCCUUUUUCCUCUCCUGCAUUUCCUCUUCCUGUGUGGUGUUGUCAUAGCAGCAGCUGAUGGGAUAAACUCAUGUAAAGAAUGUGCAUCUGUACAUAAACCCACUAGAUUUAUUUCCGUGAUUGACUUUUGUUCGUUCUUAUUUUGUCCGUGUUAGUUGAAGCUGCUCCCCGUUUUUAUAAUCUUAUGGAAGGCGACAAAAAAAUCCAACUAUUAACCAAGUUUAUGACUGUAGCUUUUAGUGACGUCUGGCACUGCUGUGUAUAGACCUUUUACCCUGCAAGUCUCCACUGCAUGUGUAAAGCCUGGACCUGCGGCUCUUACCAUAAGGACCAUCCCUUCCUCCCAUCCCAGAGACAUCUGUAAAUAGUGAAUGUUCAGUAUUUGCAAGUGUAUUUGUUUUUUUUUUAUAAUUUCUUUGUUUUAAAUCAAACGUGUGUACUGUUAUUGCGCGUCUCUCGGUCUGUGGAUGCUCUGCAGAUGUUGUAUUAUAUCUGAAUGUUUCCAUUCUCAUUGAUUAAUAUUCAAACUACAGAGUUUUUUUGUAUGUUUCUUUGCUGGAUUUGUUGUACAAAUUGUAAAGCAAAUGGCUGGAAAGUAGACACAAGAAAUGCAGAACUCUAACGAUGACGUCAUCGGAAGUGGACACCACGCAUCAUCACUAAUGGACAGAUCGAUGAGUCCUGUACUGUAAUACCUUAAUUAGGCAAAGUAACCUUUAUUCGUGAGGAAGCAAAUACGCGUGACACUGUUUUUAGACCGAAUAUAUAUAUAUUCCUAUGCCUUUAAGGUUUUGCCGGCUGUUUUCCCACCAUGUGAAAAGCACAUGCUCAUCUCCAGUGCCUCAGCUGAGAUCAGGACAUCACCUUACUCUGCUUCACAUGUAAACUUAUUGGGCAUGGUUCAAUUUUAAUGGCUUUAUUAAUAAAACAUUCAAAGGUGAA